CCCAUCCCCAGCCCUGCUCCCCGCUGUUUAUCCAGCUGUCUCCCAGCCCUCAGGACAGGAACCCCCUCUGCCUCCAAGUUGGCAAACUGCUCCAGACCCCUCCUCUUGGUCGCUGCCUGGGAGAAGGCCCCCACCGGCUACCUUGGCCCCUACCUUGCCUGGCCAGUCCUGUCCUGGGAGGGUCAUGACCCAGUCCCAGGGCCAUCGAGGAAAGGAGUGCCAGCCCUGGCUCCGGGUGCCCCACUCAGGCUGUCCAUCUGAUGCCCCCAACACUGCCCCGCCCCUGCCUGCUCCUGGCACCGGAGACCCUGCUGACUGUGCCAGGGGCUAAUCUGGGAGCUGGCAGCUGUGAGUCCUGGCCCUGCCACUCGACCUCUGGCGGCUAGCGGCGAGGCCCCUUCCUGACCUUCAGGGAUCGGCCACCAUGGUUGGUGGGACCAGGUCCCACCGGAAGUUUUCCGCCCCUCGGCACGGACACCUGGGCUUCCUGCCCCAUAAGAGGAGCCACCGGCACCGGGGGAAGGUGAAGACGUGGCCGCGGGAUGACCCCAGCCAGCCCGUGCACCUCACGGCCUUCCUGGGCUACAAGGCAGGCAUGACCCACACCCUGCGGGAGGUGCACCGGCCGGGGCUCAAAAUUUCCAAACGGGAGGAGGUGGAGGCGGUGACAAUUGUAGAAACGCCGCCCCUAAUGGUGGUGGGCGUGGUGGGCUAUGUGGCCACCCCUCGAGGUCUCCGGAGCUUCAAGACCAUCUUUGCAGAACACCUCAGUGACGAGUGCCGGCGCCGAUUCUACAAGGACUGGCACAAGAGCAAGAAGAAAGCCUUCACCAAGGCCUGCAAGAGGUGGCGGGACACAGACGGGAAAAAGCAGCUACAGAAGGACUUCGCCGCCAUGAAGAAGUACUGCAAGGUCAUUCGGGUCAUUGUCCACACUCAGAUGAAACUGCUGCCCUUCCGGCAGAAGAAGGCCCACAUCAUGGAGAUCCAGCUGAACGGUGGCACGGUGGCCGAGAAGGUGGCCUGGGCCCAGGCCCGGCUGGAGAAGCAGGUGCCCGUGCACAGCGUGUUCAGCCAGAGUGAGGUCAUUGAUGUCAUUGCUGUCACCAAGGGUCGAGGCGUCAAAGGGGUCACAAGCCGCUGGCAUACCAAGAAGCUGCCGCGGAAGACCCAUAAGGGCCUGCGCAAGGUGGCCUGCAUUGGCGCCUGGCACCCUGCCCGCGUGGGCUGCUCCAUUGCUCGGGCCGGGCAGAAGGGCUAUCACCACCGCACGGAGCUCAACAAGAAGAUCUUCCGCAUCGGCAGGGGCCCGCACAUGGAGGACGGGAAGCCGGUGAAGAACAAUGCAUCCACCAGCUACGACGUGACUGCCAAGUCCAUCACACCGCUGGGUGGCUUCCCCCACUAUGGGGAAGUGAACAAUGACUUCGUCAUGCUGAAGGGUUGUAUUGCUGGUACCAAGAAGCGGGUCAUUACGCUGAGAAAGUCCCUCCUGGUGCACCACAGUCGCCAAGCCGUGGAGAAUAUUGAGCUCAAGUUCAUUGACACCACCUCCAAGUUCGGCCAUGGCCGCUUCCAGACAGCCCAAGAGAAGAGGGCCUUCAUGGGCCCCCAAAAGAAGCAUCUGGAGAAGGAAACGCCGGAGACCUCGGGAGACUUGUAGGCUGUGUGGGGUGGAUGAACCCUGAAGCGCACCGCACUGUCUGCCCCAGUGUCUAACAAAGGCCGGAGGCGACUCUUCCUGCGAGGUCUCAGAGCGCUGUGUAACCGCCCGAGGGGUUCACCUUGCCUGCUGCCUAGACAAAGCCGAUUCAUUAAGACAGGGGAAUUGCAAUAGAGAAGGAGUAAUUCACGCAGAGCUGGCUGUGCGGGAGACCGGAGUUUUAUGUUUUAUUAUUACUCAAAUCGAUCUCUUUGAGCAUUUGCGGA